UUCAUGUUUACUUUUAUUUCGGACGCGUUAGGUUCCUUUUCCCGUUUUCCAUUAAUAUUCGGUCUGCUCUUUUUCAUGUAGGACGCGUCAAGCGUUCAUUUCGCAUCUCCCUUCUUGUCUUGUUACCGAUAAGGCUUCAAUCCUCUUCCUAUUUCUACUCUAUCGAGAAUGCCUUCAACACAACAUCACAUAGAGUACCCCCCACCUCUAACUGUAGGGCCUCCAUCUCCUGCAACCUCUGUAGGAUCAAGACACCCGGAUGACACCACGUCGACUUCAGAUUCCGAGAGUAUCCUUCCUCAGCCUCUCUUCGAACGCAAAUGGGCGGACAAAAUUGGGUUAGGGCAUCCUAGAGAGGAGGAACUACGGGCAAAUAAAGAACCUUUGCUGGCGCGGCCACCUCAGGAUAGUGAUGAAGAACGACAGCUUUUUGGAGCUGUUCUAGAGAACCUUCGCAAAGAAGUUCGUGCCCUUGGAGAAGACGAAAUCUUCCAGAAGACUCUCCUACGAGGCUCAGUUGCUGCAUUGCAUGAACCCAUUCUCAUAAACGAUAUCGAUGCUAUAAUGUGCAGCAUGAUGAACCCACCCUCAACUCGUGCUGGUUUUGGCGAGCCUCAACCGUCAUUCCCUAAACCACAGUGCACGCCAGGUCCCUGGAAUACCAAUGAGACGAGGCAUGGAUUUGGUGCCGGAUUAGACUCUGUACCAGGAAGUGGUUCGACUAUGGGGAGACGAACCAAGGGGAAGGGGGCAAGCUCGAGGAGAGUACCGUGAUUUGUUCUAUAUCUGGAUACCCUCACUUCGUUGUAUACCAUGAUUCUGCUGCUGUAGCACGAUAACUACAUACUGUAUUUCUUGUCACUCAUCAAA